AUGUCAGACACCGAAUUGGUUCCUGAAGAGAUUCCUGGCUUCAAAGUCGGCGAAAAAAAGUCUCUCCAAGAGUACGCGCAGUUGGAUGCUAACGAUGAGUCGCUCAACAAGUGGAAGCGGUCGCUUGGUCUGAAUACAGGAGAACUUUUACCUGUCAAGGAAGGGGACAAGAGAACAGUGGUGAUUCUCUCGAUGACUCUUAACAUUAGAGGCGAGCCUCCAGUGAUUGUCGAGCUGGAAGACGUCAAAGAUCCAAAGGUGUCAUUUAAAAUCAAGGAGAAAAGCAUUUACCAGCUGGUGAUCAAGUUCCGUAUCCAAGGAGAAAUCAUCACCGGUUUAAGAUACCUGCAGGCUGUGAAGAAGACAGGAAUCACUGUGGACAAGCUAGAUGAGCCACUCGGAUCUUUUGCUCCCUGUACAGUAGACAAACCUUAUUAUGAAAAGGUGUUUGACGAGGUGGAAGCGCCAAGCGGACUACUGGCAAGAGGCUCCUACAAUGCCGUGUCCAAAUUCAUAGACGACGACAAAACUGUGCACCUGACUAUUCCAUGGAGCUUCCAAAUUGUGAAAUAG